GAUUGGUUCUCGACCAUCCUUCAUCGUGUACAUUUCGCGGAUCCGGUCUUUCAAAACAGUUGAUUCUUUACCCGGUUAAAGAUUAGACAAAGUAACUUGUGUUUUACAGCAGGGCAAAAGUUCUACCGCGAAAAAAAGAUAUUGAACGAUACUAAAAUAUAUAAAAAAUAUAAUAUUUAUUUUAUUUUUGAUUGAUUAGUUUAGCAGACAUGAGCAGUGGACUUGACGUUCUGAGCGGUUCCCUUAGAGUGCGAAAUAAUAGAAUCGGAUCUUGCAAAAAUUAUAAUUGCAAAAUAAGUGAAGUAAAAGCAUGUCCUAGUGUUAUGUCGCCUGAAACUAAAAGGUUAUUGCCUCCUAAUACUGAAACUGUGCAAACGAAACCUUUCCCGAUUAGAGGAGAACGAGCUAAUUAUGUCAACAGUCCUCACGUCAUCGCUAUGGUGGGACUCCCUGCCCGCGGUAAAACUUACAUUUCAAAAAAGUUAUCCAGGUAUUUAAAUUGGAUAGGUAUAAAUACGAGAGUUUUCAAUUUGGGUGAAUACAGAAGACACGCUACGUCGGCUUACAAAAACCAUGAUUUCUUCAGAGCCGAUAAUCAAGAAGCCAUGGCGAUAAGAACGCAGUGUGCUCUGGAAGCACUGCACGACGUCAGUCAAUGGUUGGAGGAUGGAGGAGAAGUGGCCGUGUUUGAUGCUACAAAUUCGACUCUCGAUCGGAGGAAACUCAUACACGACGUCGUCGUCACUAAGAUGGGAUUCAAAUUAUUCUUCGUGGAAUCUAUUUGCGAUGAUCCUGAUAUUAUCGAGCAAAACAUCAUGGAAGUGAAAGUCAGUAGUCCCGAUUACGCCAACAUGAAUAAGGAUGCCGUCCUGAGUGAUUUUCUUCAAAGAAUACAACAUUAUCAAGAAAAAUACGAACCUCUGGACGAAGUUAGAGAAAAAGACGUAUCUUUUAUGAAAAUAUAUAAUACGGGAGAAAAGGUUGUCGUUCAUAAGCACGAAGGACACGUACAAGCCAGGAUCGUUUAUUAUUUGAUGAACAUACAUAUAACACCUAGAACCAUUUAUCUAACUAGACAUGGUGAAAGCGAACAGAACUUAGAGGGUAGAAUAGGGGGCGAUUCCAGCUUGAGUCCCAGAGGAAAACAAUACGCGCAUUCUCUAGCUGAAUAUAUUCGGGAACAAAAAUUAGAUGGCUUAAGAAUAUGGACUUCGUGGUUAAAGAGAACCAUUCAAACAGUAUCCGGUCUCCACGUACCGCAAGAAAGAUGGAAAGCUCUCAACGAAAUAGACGCGGGCGUCUGCGAAGAAAUGACUUACGAGGAAAUUAAAGAGAAAUAUCCCGAAGAAUUCGCGGCUAGAGAUAUGAAUAAGUUCGCUUACAGAUAUCCCAGAGGGGAAAGUUACGAGGAUCUUGUUGCUCGUUUGGAACCGGUAAUAAUGGAAUUGGAAAGACAGGGUAACGUUUUAGUCGUGUCACAUCAGGCUGUGCUUCGUUGUCUAUUAGCUUAUUUCUUAGAUAAAACUGCUGAUGAAUUGCCUUACCUGAAAGUCCCUCUUCAUACUAUAAUCAAAUUAACGCCAGUUGCUUAUGGUUGUAGAGUAGAACAUAUACCUUUGAAUAUCGAAUGUGUCGAUACACACAGAGGCAAACCAAACGAACCAGGCCAAAAACCAUCGGUUGCAAUUGAAAAAUAAUCAUUUUUAUUUAAAAGGGCGGAUUGUUUUCAAAAAUUAUAUCAGUUCUGAUAUUUUUUAUUAUCUACUUGGGAUAGGUAAACGAAAUUUUGUUGUUGGUAGGUCAUUUAUUCCUAAAAAGUAUGUUUGAAAGAUUCAAAUUAAUACAAUAAAUAGAAAUCGUUCAAGUUUAUUCGGCAAGUAUAUUUAGAAUGAACACCAGCCAACUUUCCUUUUCUUAAGCUAAUCUUGAUCACAUUUUCUUUUGAUGCAGCAAUUAUAUUCACAAAACACACAAUUAAACGAAACUACUCCCUACCUUCAAAUCUCACUCACUUUUAACCAUAGAUAACCGUCAUACUUUGGACCUAUCGGUAAAUUUUAUCAAGGAUAUUAAUAUUUAGGUAGAAUCCUCAAGUUGUUUCCAAGCCAUUUUCUUUCACACACUCGCUCAAAUAGAAAUCAAACUUAACACCAUGAUGUAUAGUAACAAUUGAACAUUUGGUGAUAACUCCAUCAUUAAAAAGCUUAAUCCAUUCUCAAUAUCAUCAUCAUUGUCAAGCUGUUCAAUUUUCAAAAUCUUUCUCUCUUCUAAUCUUAUGUUUGGUUCUAGAUAUAGAUUAAGGGUUACAUUGAACUGCAACUUUAAAAUUUACUGUCCUCCUAUUAUGCUGACCUCAAUAUUAGAUCUUCGCUACCGGAAGUUCCAUGUCCAUAGCAUUUAAUACGUAUGCUUGUGUUGGCAUUAUAAAACUGAUAUUUCAUCCUUUUCUAUACGGAACCUACACAGUUCUGCUAGACUUAACCUCAUCAGCUAUCUCCUAAUGGAACUGAGCUUCCUGAUGGGACUGUGUCCUAUAAGGAGUGAAAAAGCGUAGCGUCAAUUUUUGCUGCUAGAGGUGCCUCCUGACGGGAUCCUUUUUGUUCCCUGAACCUACGGUCAGCAAUUUCUGCUGACCCAACCUCUACAGUUGCUUCCUAAUAGGACAGUGUCUAUUCUUGUUUCUAUUGAUAUCCAAAUACAUUCUUGAUGUGAUAUAAAAUUCUAGACUUAGAUAAACUGGAAUUUCAUCCUUUUCCUUAUGGAAUCUAUACUCAUCACCUUCUCUAGAUCUAACAUGUACACGAGGUUAGGUUAUUCUUCUUUCCUAUGUAACUUGGCCUUUGUCUGUAUUAUUACGAAGUUACCAAAUAUUGUGAGAUCUGCAACAUGUAUUCAUUUGAAUCUUAAAAUCUAAAUUUUAAUUAUAUUUUCAAGUGUUAUAUUUAUUUUUCUAUUGAAAGUUUAUUAGAUAAUAAAUAAGAUUAGAACUGUUUUUAUCUAACACUUUCUAGGAUUGUGAUAAUUAAAAAUAUCGAGAUUUACCUGCACCGUUUAGCUUUAUUUCAAUCGAAAGAUAUACAUAAGGUGUACGGAGACAAUAGGUUGUUAUUUUAGUUUCAAUGGUUUGCGGCGGUGUACUUAUUAGCUCUAAAUAUAGAAUAGCCUUGUUAAUAAUGAGCAUUUUAGAGCAGACAAAGUACAGAUUACCGCUCUCAAAAUACCUUAUGUUGAAUUAUCUAUAUUAGGUAGAGGUCUUUCAAUAUUGUUAAUAUAUAACUAAAUAGUUUAUGUUUCUUUCAAUGGAAUCCAAUGGAAUUAACCAAUAAUAUUAAUCCUUAACAGCAGGGGAUUAUAACAUGUAAUUUUUUUUAUUUCGAAUUUAUUAUUCGAUAUCUUUUAAUCAGUUUAAAUUUGAAAAAUUACUUCGUACAUAUCGUGAGAUAAAAUUUUCGAAAUAAGCUUCCUUUUUUUUAUAUACAUGGCGACAACGUUAUAAUUCAUUAGAUACACUGUGAAUUAGUUACGAAGAAAUUCUUUCAAAUGUUAUUUUGUGAUAUAUUUUGAAUUGUGUCGAAAUUUGUGAAAAAGACAUGCAGAAUUAAAAAAAUUAAAUGAAACAAAUUGGCCUGGCUCCCUUUAACAAUUUUUCUUGCUUAUGUAAUUUUUCGUAUCGCUAGCCAGUAGAUAAUAGCAACUGACUACGUUUACGCUGAUGUAGCAACAUGACAGAAAAUAUUAAAACACUAUUCUGUUUAAAUAAUUAUUUCUGACAUGAUGUGUAUAUGUGUACGUUAAUCUCCUAACAAACAUAAUUUAUCUUGUCAAAAGUGAAUUUUUGAACAACUAAGAAUACUGUGAUAUACAAUGUGAUUAAAUGUAUUGGAAGGUUUUUGAUCUGACACAGCUAUGUCGAUAUUAAAUAUUUGAACUUCACUUUUAAACUUACAGUUAUUUAAAUCUCGAGUUUUAGAAGAUAUUUGUAUGUUUCGGCUUCUCAAUUUGGGGGGUCACGAAUUAAAAUAAAAAAAAGAAAAA